GAUAAGCUCAUCCCGGACUGUCACCGUUUUAGCGAAAACGUGAAACUUCUGGGUCGGGGAAACUCCUCAGUCCCUGGGGAUAUCAUCUUUGGUUCUAUAUUAUGGAAAACGAUCUUGAGGCCCCGAGAGAAAGGCGAGCCUUGGAGUAUCUCACAGGAGAGAGAUUCCACGUUCUAAGAAUUGGGAGCCAGAGGGAACCUAUGUGGUCACAAUCAGAGAUGCUCACAAAGAGCAGGAGAUUGAAGGGACACGGGCAGGGCAGAAUUGUGGCUCUCUGUCCCGAAAUGGGAAGCGAACUGGAUCCAAUAAGUGCCCCAUCUCCUUGUCAAGAGACUGAGUUACACCUAGGAAAUAGCACCCUCUGUUUCUCAAGUAGCAGAGACUACACUCUGGUAGCGAGGCUGGACACAGAAACUGGUCAUGGUAGUGCAGUAUUAUAAGAAACUAAUACUUAAAAGCACUGAGAAAGCUUGCAGAGCUUUUAUAACAUCCUUAGUAGGGUGAGAGUGUCUGAGCUGGAGGGAUUUCUGGCUUUAUCUGUUCUGGCUGUGCUUUCACACAUGUACACAUGUACAUACAUUUAUCAGGGACAACUACACAGUACAAUUCCACACAGUAAUUGAGUAUUAAAUGCCAGGGAUUGUGUUGAUAGUUUUUGCAAAAUUGCCAACCAUCAGAAGGUUUUAAGUAGGCAUUGUUAAUAUUAUCUCCCAUUUUACAGGUGAGAAAACUAAGGAGCUUAGAGAAGUUAGAGAAUUUGAGAAAAUCAUAUAAACAAAUGAAUGGGCAAACUAAGUCUCAAAGCCAGGUCUCAGCUUCAACCUGGUACACUAAGCUUGUAUUCCCUAUUUCCUUUGUGGGCCAGUAGGACUGAGUACCUGAGAGGGGAUCCAUAUUGCAUUACCUGUCGCUUCCUUCCUGCCCCUACCCCACACACAGAUGAGCAGGAUCUCCUAUUGGUCCAUCAUCCCAACAUGCCUGAGAACCCCCGGGUCCUACGAGUCGUCAUCCUGGGUGCCCCAAAUGCAGGGAAGUCAACACUCUCCAACCAACUGCUGGGUCGGAAAGUGUUCCCUGUCUCCAAGAAGGUGCACACCACUCGCUGCCAAGCUCUGGGGGUCAUCACGGAGAAAGAGGCCCAGGUGAUUCUACUUGACACCCCUGGCCUCAUCAGCCCUGUUAAACAGAAAAGGCACCAUCUGGAGCUUUCUUUGUUGGAAGAUCCAUGGAAGAGCAUGGAAUCUGCUGAUCUGGUUGUGGUCCUUGUGGAUGUCUCAGACAAGUGGACUCAGAACCAGCUCAGCCCCCAGCUGCUCCAGUGCCUGACUCAGUUCUCCCAAAUCCCUAGCAUCCUUGUCAUGAACAAGGUAGAUUGCCUGAAGCAGAAGUCCAUUCUUUUGGAGCUCACAGCAGCCCUUACCAAAGGUGUGGUCAAUGGCAAGAAGCUCAAGAUGAGGCAGGCCCUUCCCUCACAGCCUGGCACUCCUUGCCCCAGUCCAGCAGCUGAGGGCCCAAAAACACAGUCUGUGGGAGGCCCUCAGAGGAUCGGCUGGCCCCACUUCCAGGAGAUCUUCAUGUUGUCAGCCCUAAGCCAAGAGGAUGUGAAAACACUAAAGCAAUACCUCCUGGCACAGGCCCGGCCAGGACCCUGGGAAUUCCACAGUGGAGUCCUCACUAGCCAGACGCCUGAGGAGAUCUGUGCCAACAUCAUCCGAGAGAAGCUCCUAGAGCACCUGCCCCAGGAGAUUCCCUACAGUGUGCAGCAGAGGACAGUGAUGUGGGAGGAAGGGCCAAGCGGGGAGCUGGUGAUCGAACAGAAGCUUCUGGUGCUCAAAGAAUCUCAUGUGGAUCCUGAUUGGUCCAAAGGGGCGCUUGAUCUCCCAGAUUGCACAGGAGGUGGGCCGAGAUCUCAUGGACAUCUUCCUCUGCGAUGUUCAGCUGCGGCUCUCUGUGAAGCUUCUCAGAUGACCGCCCUCAGCUGCCUCUCCGAUGGCAUCCCAGCCCAAGCUGCUGGCAGGAGCCACUGACCAGGAUGGCCCCUGCCCAGGGAUGGGGACUGGUGAGAGCCAUGGGCACUGCCUGAUGGACUGACUGGCUGGCAUGGCCUUAGUGAUCCUGCUUAGCCCCUGCCUGACCACAUCUGUUGGAGGAAGAAACUUAGCUCAGUUACGGGGUCGUGCCUCUGCCUGGGAUUCCAGCUGCUUAGCUCUAGAAAUUGGCUCUUCGGCAGGAACAAUGUCACUCUGCUUCUGGCUGGCAUCGAACCCAGAGUUUCUCCCUGAGUUGCCAGUUUUAGCAGAGGGCUUUUUCCUAUCCCCUCAGUUCCUCUACCUUAAAGCCACGCAUAAGGACUUGUGGGUCCUAAGGGAGAUAGUGCCACUUGCCCCAUCCCUCUCCCCAGGCUUGAAUGCUAAUAAAAUUAAAAGACAAGCA